GAAUUCACCAAAACACGGAAAUACCGCCCUAACUGCGCGUGCGCGUGAACUGAUAAUUUCCUCGCGAGAGUUUCCCUAACGUGGGCAUGGCGGUGCUCCUUGAAACGACGCUGGGCGAUAUAGUUGUGGAUUUAUUCACAGAAGAAAGGCCUAAAACUUGUCUCAACUUUCUGAAAUUAUGCAAGACAAAAUACUACAACUACUGCCUUGUCCACAAUGUACAGAGAGACUUUAUUGUCCAAACUGGUGACCCCACUGGUACCGGCCGUGGUGGCGAGUCAAUCUACUGCAAGUUGUACGGGGACCAAGCCCGCUUUUUCGAUGCCGAGAAAGCCCCGCGUAUUAAACACAGGAAAAAGGGGACAGUGUCUAUGGUCAACAAUGGCAGCGACCAGCAUGGGUCACAGUUCCUUAUUACAACCGCUGAGAACCUGGACUAUCUGGACGGCGUGCAUACUGUUUUUGGUGAGGUUUCAGAGGGCUUCGACAUCUUGGCUAAGAUCAAUGAGACUUUUGUCGAUGCAGACUUCGUACCAUUUCAGGACAUCAGGAUAAACCACACUGUGAUACUCGAUGACCCCUUUGACGACCCCCCCGAUCUACCGGUGCCUGAUCGAUCCCCUGAUCCAACUCAACAGCAGCUAGAUAGUGGUCGCAUCGGAGCCGAAGAAGUCAUAGACGAUGCCGACGGGAAAGCAGCUGAAGAAGUGGAGGAGAGGCUCAACGCAAAAGAAGCUAAAACUCGAGCCAUCCUACUGGAGAUGGUGGGCGACCUCCCCGAUGCAGACGUCAAGCCGCCAGAGAAUGUCCUGUUUGUCUGCAAACUCAACCCGGUCACCACCGACGAGGACCUGGAAAUAAUCUUCUCCCGCUUUGGACACAUUAAAAGUUGUGAGAUCAUUCGAGACUGGAAGAGUGGAGACUCCCUCUGCUACGCUUUCAUUGAAUUUGAAAAGCAAGAAGACUGCGAAAAGGCCUAUUUCAAGAUGGACAACGUGCUCAUCGAUGACCGACGCAUCCACGUGGACUUCAGCCAGUCCGUGGCGAAAAUAAAAUGGAAAGGAAAAGGUGGGAAAUACACCAAGGAAGACUUCAAGGCCUACGAGAAUGACUUGGAGAAGCGAUCCAAACUGGCUCUGAAAGACCAAGUCAAACCUAAACAAGAUUCCAGAUAUGAUCUGCUGGUGGAGGACGAGGAGGGGACGGGCCUCCCGCACGCCGAGAAAAAACACAAAGAGAAGAGGCAUCGUUAUUCAGACGACGAGGAAGAGAGCAGGAAGUCUAAAAAACACAAGGACAGCCGGCGAGACACCAAGACCUCUCGCCAGCGUUCACGUUCACGUUCCCGCUCCAGAGACCGGGACCACAAGCACAAGGCUUGGGACAAGUAUGGGAGGGAAGGCCGAGAGCGAAGUCACAGGAGUCGCAGUCGCUCGCCCAGGAAGAGUAAGGACAAAGAGAGAAGCAGGUACAGGUGAAGGACAGGACCAUAGCAGCCUUCCUGCAAGGUCAGUUGGUCCUGAAGUCAGUGAUGCUGGACAAAAUGGCCUCCAGGAGGUUUUGAGGGGCUUGAGUUCAGGUUUUUAGGCAAGUAUAAUUCAUGUCCAUGAGCCCGAGCCACCUGACAACGCCACAUUUUGCAAUAACAUUCUUCACACCUGAGUUUUUAUUCGAAUCAUGUGAGGAAAAUAUGACAAGUUAUUGCCCAUCUCAUGUUGCAAGUGAGGGAAAACCCAUGGUCCUCUUCUCCCAACUUCAUGAUUGUUUCCUGGGCCUGAUGUGUCACACAUCUACUUUAUUCAAUCUUUUUAGCCCGAGCGAGUUCUGAAUACUCCAAUGUGCAGAUUUAUGUUUGGAAAUUCCAUCAAAUUGACAAUUUCAAUGAAAUGUUGUACACAUAUUAAAUAGACCGAUAGAUA